UUCAAUUAUUUCGAUUAACGUCCAUCAUGGCGUUUUUACAUCAACUUGUAAUUCUGAUAAUUGCAGUCGCCGUCUCUUUACAAUCACCCAAAAGGAGAACCAGCAAAAGCGAACUUGCAGAUUACAUAGCUCAUAAGAGAGAAGAGGUCAAUCAGCGGUACAAGCUUCUCUACCACGUCACUCCACCAGUGGGGUGGAUGAACGAUCCAAAUGGAUUCUCUUUCUACAAAGGCGAAUAUCACCUCUUCUACCAAUUUUACCCUUACGACAGCGUGUGGGGACCAAUGCACUGGGGUCACUCUACAAGUCAGAACCUGGUCGACUGGAAGGAGCAACCAACCGCUUUGAUUCCAGGAAUAGAACAAUGCUUCUCAGGCAGCGGCGUGGUCGACGGAGACCAGCUUGUGCUCAUGUACACGGGCCACGAAGAUAGAGACACUCCACCCUAUUACAGGGAAACUCAAUAUCUGGCUUUCAGUAACGAUGGUAUAAAUUUCGAAAAAUACGAAGGUAACCCAGUCCUCUUGCCAAGUGGAUCUCCAGAUUUUCGUGACCCUAAAGUGUGGAGACAUGGAGACCAUUGGUAUGUAGUUCUUGGGAGUAAAAGUGACGAUUUACAAAGAGGUAGGGUACUUCUUUACCGGUCAACAGACUUGAAGAACUGGGAAUUUUUGUCAGUCAUCGGGGAAUCAGACGGCACAUUGGGAUACAUGUGGGAAUGUCCAGACUUUUUCGAGCUAGACGGGAAAUAUAUUUUACUUAUGUCACCACAGGGAAUGGAACCGCAGGGUGAUAGAUACAAGAAUACCUUCCAAACUGGCUACAUCAUUGGCAACUUUAAUUAUGAGACCUUUGAAUUCGUACCCGAAGUUGGGUUUCAAGAGAUCGAUUAUGGCCAUGACUUUUAUGCGACACAGACAAUAGGUAACGAUGGUAAAAGAUACGUGGUUGGAUGGUUUGGAAUGUGGGAAGUUCCUCACCCGGAAGCGGCUGAUGGCUGGGCGGGCGCUAUGACCAUCAUUAGGGAGCUGAAACUCGUCGGAGACAGAAUCAUUCAGACACCUGUCGAAGGUAUGAUUAAUUUGAGAGAACAAGGUAAUAGAAUUUCAUUGGCCCCCUAUAAUGUUGUAGAAUUUGAGAAGACAGCCGAAAUUAUAGUAAAUCCAGAUUUGAAUCAAGCGAUUGAACUUCAAGUAGAAGGAAAAUAUGGUGGUGGAGGAAAGAUUUGGCUGAAAUGGGAUCCUGCAGUUAGAAAAGUCAUCAUAGACCGGGGCUCCUAUGAUAUUCGUCAAGUGGAAUGGGCUCCGAUAGGUUCUCAUUCUUGGAGGAUUUUCCUGGACGCCAGUUCCGUAGAGUUGUUCUGUGGUGAAGGUGAAGCGGUGUUCAGCAGUCGGGUGUACCCUGAUGGCGAUUGGAAAGUGACAAACCUAAGUCCGCAGACAUUGGAUAUUGAAACUUAUCAUUUAAGGAAAAGUAUUACAGAACUAAAUUAAGGGGGGUGGGUAAAAGAGUCUAAAGUGGUUCUAAGGUUAUUCAUUAGGUUGAUAUAAGUUCUUGUUUUGCUUUAUUUAACUUUAAUUUAUUAUCUACAGGGAGUAUUUUCACUUCUAAAUUGGUUUAUAGCUGCAGAUAAAAUUGUAAUGUAGGUAGAUUUGGAAUCGAAGCUGCGCCUCUGGCAAAUGCGGGUCUCAUAAUAUACGAGUAUACACGUUACAUUUCAGUGUUAUACAUAUAUCAUGUAUGUCACAAUGUUCAAAAUGUAAUAACUUUAUAACGUUUUGUGUGAAAA